AGAUACAAAAUGGCCGAUAAAAAUUAAGCCGUUUGUUGUGCUAUUUCUUAGCAGAUUUUAUUAUCUCAAAAUAUCUAUAGUUUUUAUAUCUUGUUAAUUAUACAUAUUUUUAUAUAUUUCAAUUUGAUAUACAUAUUUGUUAAAGUUAAAGUAUCAAUGGGUUCACGCACAAAUACCGGUGAAAAUGCGUCACGUUCACCCAGUCGAACUUCACUUUCAAUCAGUGUCAAAAUCCCAUCGCCUUCGGAAAUAAACUCAAAUAAUGAUGCACUAAAGACAACUUCUAUAAUUGAUACUAACCGACACUACGUUGACUUAAGUACUCCAAACAAUACGAGCAGAACUAUAGGUGCAGACAGCCCACCUCAGCAAGAAAAUAAUGGGGCUAUUACUCGACAUGGACAUGAAAUUCAUGAAAGUAUCAGUAUGAAUAGACCUAACCAUUCAAAUAAUUACAAUAUUCAUACCACAGAGAAUGUUUCACUUGGCAACAUUACUGGAUCUGCUGGAAAAUUUCAGCAAUACAGAGAUUUUGAUUCAAAUGUAAAAUCAUAUAAUGAUCACAAUGUUGGUCUUGGUGGCUCUGAGGAUUAUAAAAAGUACACACAAAUGGGAAAAUCAGAGUAAGUUAUUAGUCCAGUCAAGUGAAGUUUAAGAAAUAAUUUAGGCCUAAUUAACUAUUAUUCUAUUUCAAUAACUUUUAAUUAAUUAUUUUUCUUAUUUGAAAUAAACAUGUGUUUUUGUUAUGGGUGUCCAGCCAAGGCAGACUUCUGCCCCCUAAUUUCUCCCUUACACAUCUCAGCCAUCUUACCCAUCUCAGCCAUCUCACCCAUCUGCAGUAUUUUUUUUGGGGGGGGGGGGUGUUUGGGUUCAUGGGGAAGGAGGCUCAAUGAGCCCUUUCCCUGAAUUUAAUAAAUUUAGAAUGCAGGGAUUCAAUUAGGUACAUGGAAUGGGUGUCCAGCCAAGGCAGACUUCUGCCCCCUAAUUUCUCCCUUACACAUCUCAGCCAUCUUACCCAUCUCAGCCAUCUCACCCAUCUGCAGUAUUUUUUUUGGGGGGGGGGGUGUUUGGGUUCAUGGGGAAGGAGGCUCAAUGAGCCCUUUCCCUGAAUUUAAUAAAUUUAGAAUGCAGAGAUUCAAUUAGGAACAUGGUUCUACACUUGAAUGGAAAGGAACACAAGUCAAGAGAUGCUAGUUGAAUUUCAGGUGCCCCUUGACUCUUGACCUGCUUGUGGUUAUACAAAUCUUUCAUUUUCAGUGGUUACUAUAUUAUAUGGUUAUUUUGAUUUAUAGUUUUUAUUUAAGAUAAUUUUUAAUUAUUCAUCUGAAUUUAAUUUUAAAAAUCAGUACUAGCUCAUACCAUCACUAACAAAAUAGCACUGCUCAUCGGCCUUAUUUGUAGUGCCUUUUGCUUUCACAUUCUCAAAGCUCCUGGUUGGACAUUAAGCAGCACUUAAAAUAACUCAACCUUCAAUCGCUUAACUAUUCCCAUUUAAGUUCUGUAAAUGACAUUUGAAUUGUAAAAUUAAUUAGUUAAUUUAUAAUUUGACAACUGCAUAAAAUCAAAUAAAGCUGUUAAUUUAUUAUAAAAUACUUACUAAAUGUGUAGCAUUACCUGCAAAUUAGAUUGCAGAAAAGAUCCACAUUAAUGAUUUGUUAUGUUGCAUUAGGAGGUGGAAUCUUUUUUAAUAAUUGAAAAUAUCAUACUAAUUAAUAUGGACAUAAAUGAUGUAUAUGUUGUGUCCAUGGUUCCACAAAUCUUUUUGGUAGAAACUAAAAUUCUUUUUAAAAUGAUGGUGUUGUAAGUUGUGUUUGUCAUUCACAUCAAUGUUACCAGGUAUUCUGCCAGUAUUUUGAGUCAAGAAUAUUGCUAUAUGUAACUGCAAUAGUGUAGUUCAAUUAUAUUUAAAUUUUUGAAAAAUGUCAUAUAUGGAUACAAAAAGGUUUAGUAACACUUUUUAUCAAACUAUUUCACAGAUUUAACAUUUUUUUCAAUACAUACAAAAACUCAAACUCACAUAAAAAUGCAUAGUCAUUUAUGUUGACAUGGUAGUCUUUACAACACUUAAGUCACUUUACACAUUUGUGAUUCACAUUCAGUGUUCAAUGCAAGUUUAUAAAUUAAACUAUGUAAUGUCUUUGAAAUUUAAGGAUAUAAUCUUACUCAGUUGUUUUGCUUUGUUUCGAAAUAACUUCUUGAAACUAUUAAAGGUUGAUUCAACAAAAGGCAGUGCUGUCAAUAGAAAAGGCUUGGAUUGCAUACAGAGAUCGACAGAUGUUCAAAUUACUUAAGAAUUCAGUAUGCGCCGCUGUAAGUUUCUUCCCUUUCUUUAUAUUGAAGGCGUGCCGGCACCCUAUUUUUUAAAACACUGGCAGUAUAAAUUCUAUUUCUAUGCUUUAUUGAAAUGGAUACCUUUUUUAUAUUUCAUGCUAAAUAUUUUAUUAUUUAAAGUUUUAAUUUUGUUUCAAUUUAUAGCACCACCAGAAAGAUUUAUAUUUUAUCAAGCUGAUUACUUGUGUACAAAUUAGUUCAAUCAUAUGAAACUGGGAAAAAAAUGCACUAGCACUACUUCAUUUAGAUUUAUGAAAAUUUCAGCUUUGUGAGCUAAAGAUUGGUUGGAUGAACACUUUAAUCAUUACCUGUCAUGGGGGAUGAUGCUAUGUCUUUUGAAUCCUUUUUAAUAGUAAAAAGGACAAUAGUCCCUAUGUUGCUAUUAGUUCUAAGUGUCUUUAAGCUUUAUAAUAUGAUAUUUCUGUAUGAUUAACUACUAUUGCAUGUAUAUUUGCAGGAGAAUUCUCUAUCUCAUGAAAUCUUAAGAAAAGUUUCACCAAGAGAGGCAGAGUUUUUAAAUGACAGAUGUCAACAAGUCCGUGUCAGAUUCAGGUUGUCAACAAUAUUUGUAAUCUAGUUAUUUUGUUAGCUGUAAUUUUAUUCAAUGCUUUCAAAUUAAUCCAGGUAAGAACAUGGCAUGCGCUAAAGUAGUAUCAUGUUCCCCAUUUUAAAUUAUGAGCUCCUUUAAUAAAAAAUUAGCUAGAUAUAAAUGUAAUGAGAUUUUAAAUAAUUUUUUAAAUCAAACUAAUUUUUAUGCUAAGUAAUUAUUUUUAUUAAUCUUUGAAAACUGAUUCUUACAACGUGAUAUCAUGUAUAAUUCGGUUCUGCAGACUGAUCCACAACUAUAAACAAUCAGUAGCAGAGACAUGGUUUACAGACACCCACAAAAUCAAUGACAUUUCUAUUGUUUUCAAGUAAAAUUAUAUUUUUUGUUAUUAAUAUAUUGGGUCUAGGUUUCAACAUGUUUUUUUUUAUUCUUCUUCUAGGUUUGGAGGCGUAGAGUUCCCUCCCAUGAUCUUCUUUAAGAUAUACAUCCAUAGUGGCAACCAAAAGGUGAAAUAUAUCAGUGGUCGGAAAAUGAUAAAACCAACAACAGAGGUAUAUCAUAAAACUACACAAUCUCUUGAACAGUAUUUUUAAAACAUAGACUUUACCCUGACAUUUGGCAAAUGAAAUGAUUACAUUCUAUAUUAAGUAUUCACAAUUGGCAAAUGAAAUGAUUACAUUCUAUAUUAAGUAUUCACAAUUGGCAAAUGAAAUGAUUACAUUCUAUAUUAAGUAUUCACAAUUGGCAAAUGAAAUGAUUACAUUCUAUACUAAGUCUUUACAAUUGCCAAUUUGAUGUACAUAAGGAUAUUUUAGUUUAGUUACCAUAUAUUAUGCAUGCACGCCCUAGAUUUCUGCUACGUUAAAAUUUUCAGUCAAUUUAAUAUAGUAUAGGCCUACAUAUUUAGGCCUUUGAGACAAAGAGAGAGAUUUAGACACAGAGAGAAAUAGACACAGAGAGCGAGAGUUAGAUAAAAAAAUAAAAAGGUUUAUAUUUGUUGGCUGCUGCUACUACUACAUAUGUAGAAAUUUCCAAAAAGUUCAACCCCCAAAAAUUAAUUCCUUUAAUUUCAAAUUGCAUUAAUAAAACGUUUGUGUAUCACUUUUUCAGGCUGCUAAUGAUGCUUUGAAACUUAUGGGAAAUCGAAAUUUUUAUGAUCAAAUUCUGCAAGACACCAUAAGACAGCAGCAACAGCCAAUCAGUGAUGAAGUAGAUAUAACAACAAUGAAAGAUUACAUGCAAGUAUGUAUAACUAUAUAAGUAUAACUAAAUUAUGUUAAUUUAAUUUAUAUUUGCAUGAACUUUUUUGUUGUACUGAUGAAGACAUUUGCCAAAGUGCUUGCAUUUGUAAUCUGUGUAGCCCAUAUUAAAGCUUAAUCUACAUCAUUUUAGUUAUACAAAUUGUUUUUGUCUCUAUAGGGUUUGUCAUUUCUAAGACCGGAAAAAUUCACAUGGCAUUACAUAAUGUUACUAUUUUUAGACAAUGUUUUCGUAAAAUAUAGCAUAUAUAUAUAUAUAGCAAUAGUAGUAACAAUUUGUAAAAAUCUUUCGUAAAAUAAAGUUGUAAACACGUUUUUGUUUAGGUUAAGACCCACUAUGCUGGCUCAAAUUAACGUAGAAGUACCUAACAUCUGUUGAGAGAUUGGCCAAAGGGAGUACCAGGAUGUUUUAUUUAGACUAAAGGCCCGGAUGUUCUAUUAAUAUAUUUCCGCCAUUAAAUGACAAACCCUUUAGUCUCAUCAAUCUAUUUGAAAGCUUUAUCACAGUUAUAAUUAGUUAACAAAUAACAAACAUGGUGCAGUGAAUUAGUCUCAUUAAAAGAUAUAUUUAAAUUGUUUUCAAGACUGUUGAAUGUAAAAUGAAAUGAACAUAUUAAUUAAUUAAUGUUAGUGAUUACUUUGUGCUCUCUUUUGUUUCCAGUAUUUGUCAAAUCUUGAUGAAAGUCCAGCUUACCAAGGGGGCAAAGAAAAUUACUGGAGAAAACUUACUCUCGAUGGUAAGAAUUUCACAGCUUUUCUCUUAUUUUCUUCACAGUAUUUCUCUUAUUUUUCAGUCAUGUUGGAACAUUUUUUUUAAGUUCCAAAUUAAAUAUAACUAAAAAUAAAUAAAAAAACAGACAAAAUUUUAGGGGAAUUUUUUUUUUUUAAAAAUCAAGGAAUAAAUUAUAUUCCUGUAAUAAGCUUAUGAGUAACCAGGUCAGGUUUUAAAAUGUGCAAGUGUUUAUAGAACAAAAUGGGUGUUUUAUCAGAGAAAUUUUCAAUCAUAAUAGCCAAUGUUUGGCCAAAAAAGAAUACUAAAUGAUAUUUUUAAAGGGAUUGUCCAAAUUAAAAUAUAAAUGUGAUUUUGUUAUUCAAAUGAUAAACUUUUUAUCACCUGUUUCCAUUAAUUUGUUGAUCAGUCAAUGCUUUGGACCCCAAACUAAAUAUCAGCAUGAAAGUACCAUGCAUUCAUCUAUCAUGCAAUUAUCUUGUUGCAAUGUUCAGGCACAGUUUUUCUUCUCAAAUCUGCACACCCGAAAUCUUCUUUAAAGGCUGUGACCAAAUAUUUUCCAAAAAAGUUUUAGAUAAAACUCAGUGAUUUUAAAAUGUUAUCAGAGAUUAUUUCAUUUCAAAAUUUUUAAUUUGAAUUGUUUUCAGUUUUACCAAGGCACACUAUGUUCUUUGACGUCUUUGACUAUGUUUACAACAAUCACAAAUCAGCCUUGCUAAGGGAUGAAAUGCCUCUACUAAUGAAAGCCCCAAUCACACAAGAGAUGCAAAUUAGGCAUAUAAGAGCCAUUUCUAAAAUUAGGUAAAAGAAAAUGUAAUUUUUUUUUUCCUUCAAAUUACUGAAAUUUAACAUUAUAUGCCCCACCAACUUCUGGACUUCAUGAUUAAGUUAUCUCAAUUUAAUUACACAUUAAUUUAAUUUAAAACGUCAAAAAUUUAUUUAUUAAAAUCAUUUCUUUCAUUUUGUAUAAUUUUGAUGUUUAUUUCAGGACAUUACCACUUCUCGCAGGUCAACCUUCCAAGGGUACAAAAUCUUCAGCAGAGGUCAGCCAGGUAUCAAGCAGGAGGACAAGACAGGCAAAGCUCAGGUCUAUGAAGAUGAGAGAACUUUACAGUCGAGAUUUGGUGAGUCGGUCAAAAGAAACUAGAACUUGCAGCAGUGGGAGAUUCACUUAUGAAUCGAUACGACACAUGUUUGUGAAUUCAGAUCCUGGACAGCAUUCACAUUGAACCUGCUUCAAUAUUGAAACAUUAUCUGACAUCAUCUUAAUGUACAUUUACCAAGUUGUAGGUGAUUGUAUGUGAAAACUUUUUGGAAAGAUUAAACACCAAACACAAGUAUUAAAAAUUUGUGACAAUAUUGACUGUUUUUUUAAUUUUUAUUUUAAACAAAAUUAAUAUUUUUAAAAAAAUUUCAGCCACCGGUAUAAAGUUUUACAACCUUCUUUAUUCUAGGAGAAGGAGAGGACAGACAUCUCAGCUGAUGACUAUUUCUUCAAGAAUGACCGCUUGGUUGAUGAUGAAAUAAUGGGUGAUGAUGACUGGGACAAUGAAGCCGACCAACUCUAUGAAUGGACACAGGGUCUUUCCCUGGCCGAUGAUGCCAUCCAGACACCAAUAAUUACUAUAUGAAUUCAUUUAUUAUUUUUCUUAAUUAACUUGUCAAAGUGAUGAUAAUGGUUUUCUUAUCAGAUUAAAAGUUGAAAUAGUGACUGUAAUAUUAGGCAUGUCUUGAAUGUGUAAUUUAUUUUGUCAUGUUUUGAAUGUACAGUGGAGCUCUGGAAACAUCUGUUGUUUCUUUUAUUACUGAUAACUGCAGCCCAGAAAUGACUUCCCUUGAUCUUACUGAGAAUAUUAGACUAGUUAAUUUUUCUGUGUCUACAUAAAGACACUUCACAUUUAUUUCUACAUUUUGUUCUAAUUGUUCACUCAUUCAUCCAGGAUAUCUUAUAAACAAUUAAAACAAAAUAAUUUUCCAAAAAUUUUUUAUUUUCUUUUAAAAUCAAAUUUCAACCAGGGCAAAAAGAAUAAAUAUUUAAAACACUUGACUUUUAAUGCUUUGAUACAUGUUUUUUUGUGUUAUUUUUGUGUGCUGAAAAAAAAAAAAACAUUUCUAAAAGAAUUGAAAGCAGUGAAAACAAUCAUG